AUGAGCGAAGAAAUUGGUCCAUUACAGGAAAGUGCUGUAUGGGUAGAUGAAAGUAGAACAGUUCCAGGAAGAAAUGUAGUUCGAGCAGUUCAAGAUGAUGGUGAAAAUUUAGAUGUAAUGGGGUUUCCUAUUAAUGAAAAAAAAUAUUUUGACAAUGCUUAUCUUUUAAAAAAAUUUCCUAAUUGUUCAGAUCUUAAUUCUCUUCGAAAAGGAGUAUUAUACAUGAAAAAAAAAGUUAAAGGUGAAGAAGAAAAAUUAAAAGAUCGUCAUAAAGCUAAUUUGUAUUCAUUGGUGAGUUGUGUCGAUGCUUUAUAUGCUUUACAUACACGUCUCAAAACAGAAAAAAAUACUAGAGGAUGGCCAUUAACUGCAAAUUUAGAAGAUAAGAUGAUUGAAGCUAAAACAACUGCAGAUAAAUUAUUUCUUGAUGUUCUUGCUCGUAAAGAAAUCACCGAUUCAACAAGAAGUGUUUUAAGUGUUCUUACUAGAUUUCGAAGUAUUUUUUAUCUUCCAUCAAGAAUUGAUGAAAAUAUAAAAAAAGGAGAUUAUUUUACAAUUUUAAAUGAUUAUGCAAGAGCUAAAGCUCUAUACAAAGAUACAAAUGUAACAUUAUUUAAAGAAGUUAUGGAUGUUGUUGAAAAAAAAAUGAAAAUAUUUAAGAAUAGUUUGAAACGUAAAUUGAUGGAUGAUAAACCAGCUUCAUUUGAAGAACAAAGUAAAUUAAUUAAAUGUCUUAAAAUUCUUGAUCCAGAAAGUGAUCCUGAAUGGGAUGCUAUUGCUUCAUAUCAUGUCUAUUUAGAAGAUACCUUAUUUGAAAUUCAAGAUAAAUACUAUCAAUUAUCAAUUGAAAAAAGUAGUGAUGAACGUAUUUAUUUAGAAAAACCUAUUGUUGAUGGUAUACGUCAAGAAUUUUGUGUAGAAUUAAUGAAUGUUAUGAAUGAAAAACUUUUAAUGUUUUGGAAACUUGCACAAAAUUAUGUAUCACUUGAUGAAAGUCAUUAUGAUGAAAAACAACCAGAUAUUAAUCUUAUGAUUACAAAUACAGUAAAUUGUGCAUCAUGGCUUUUAUAUAAUGCAUUGAUUCCACAAGCUAUGCCUGAAAAUAUUCUUGAAAAAUGUGGUAAUCAAUUUGUAAAUUGGGAGGUAUAUCCUGAAAAAGUUGAUACACAAAUUGAAUUAAAACAAUUACUUUCUUCUAUACAAACUAUACGUAAUUGUAUAAAAAAUUUAUUUGAAGCACAAUUUAUGAAAAGUCAAAUGGAAACUCUUAUGGGACUUUGUACAACUAUUAGAAUUACUUGUAUUAAUCAUUUAGUUAAACUUACUAAUUCAAAAAUUAUUGAUUUAUAUACUAAAGAAUCAUGGAAAACAGAUAUUGUUAUUGGUUUAGAAAAUUUAACAAAAACAUCUUUACCUGAUUUAUAUGAAAAUGAAAUUUAUGAUACAUUAUCAACAUUAAAACAAUUGAUAAGUCAUGAUAAUUAUCCGGGUGAAAUUGAUUUAACUACGGAUGAAAAAUUACGGCAAGUAUUGCUUGAUUUACUUCUUCAAAACGUUAUUUCAAUAAAAGAAUGUUUUGAGAUAGCUUUAGAUUUACAACAAUCUAAUGGAGAUUUAAAACGUCCAAACAAAUUGCGAGUUUCAGAUAGUAAUAAUCUAAGAAAUGGAAGUAUAAAUUCUAUUCAAUCUUCUACAGAUGAUACAUCUAAUUUAAUGAAAAAAAUGUCAUUAGAUAAUGAUGAUCGAGAAUCUACUGAUACUUUUAAUCAAUCAGGAACAUCAAUAUCUUAUACCACUCCAGAAUACAUUAUAAUGCAAUCUAUUACAGCUAUAUGUAAACGAUAUCGUGAUAAUGGGGUAAAACAUGUAGAUUACAUAUCUGAAAAAGCUAAACAAAAAUUAAAUAGUUUUAGACAAUCUUUAUUAAAAUUAUAUUUGAAUUUAAAAACUAGUAGUUUUUAUGCACUUUUUGAUUUUACAUGUUAUGAGGAAGAAUUAGAAGAAGAUGAUAUAUCUGAAUAUAUAAAAGAAAUAAUUCUUGGAAUGGUUUUUGUAAAAGCUGAUUUAUUACUUUUAGCUCCUCAAAUAAUAAAUGUUAUAAUGAGUGCAGCAAUUUCUAAUACAUUAGAAAAACUUAUUUCUAAAAUUCCACCAGGAGAUCAAUUAAAAGAUUUUGCUGCCUCUCAAUAUGUUGUUGAUUUAACAGCUAUUGAAGAAGCUUUUCAACAAUAUCUAACAUUAGAGAUAACUUCUAAAUUAAAUUCUAUUAGAGCUGAAUUAGUUAACAAAGUAGAUCAAGAUAAAUUCCAAUAUUGUUUAAAAAAAUUUAGAAGUGGUAUGGCUAUGGCUAUUACGAGUCUUCAAGUUACAGGAAAAGAAGAUGAAGAAACAUCAAUAUAA